AUAAAAACUUUUUUCAGUGUACAUAAUUUUUAUAAUACUCCGUCUCUGUAGAUAAUAAAUGUCUCUCAGAAAUUUUUACUUCCGGUUUUAGUUCUUAGAACAUUGAGACUAGAUGAAACGAAUCUGCCAAAAAUACUCUUCCAUAAUUACUUUAUCACACACGAAAGGGUGAUUCAUUGUUAUUUGCCUCAUACACACGAAUUACAAUAGAAAUUAACAAUUUAGGCGAUAGGUGAAAGGGCAAGUAAACUUUUGCGUCAUCAACGUUAAUCUAAUGUUGUAAUGCUGAUUUACUUAUGCUGUGAAAACUGUUUGUCUUAACGAGGGUAUUUGACAUUAUUACGAACGUUAUAUGACUCGCAUCGCGCCGAGUGUCACGUUAAUUCAUCCCGGCGUGCACGACGCACACCGGGCACACCGUGCACGCCCACGGAUCGGUCGUGAACAAGCGUGAAUGCGAGCGGUCCAAGAGCCCGCGAGUUGUUGCUCGCGCGAGUCGUUCCUCGGCCGUUCGCGACGUCGCAUCCCUCGCGAGAGAGAAGGAGAGAAACUGGCGAAUAAAAAGAGAAACACGUUUCUCCCUGCUUUGCGUUCGAAAGAGUAAAUUGCGAUCAGAUGGAGCCUCUCUGGGAAUCGCACGGCCGUCAGUUAAACGAGGCUAACUUGCGAAGAGGAUCAGAUACCAGCGUCGUUCUAACCGAGGACACCGACAGCUUUAAGAUCGGAGACCGAGUAUGGGUCGGUGGCACAAAACCAGGCACAAUCGCUUAUAUCGGCGAGACCAAAUUCGCUCCUGGAGACUGGGCAGGAGUCGUCCUGGACGAGCCCAUCGGGAAGAACGAUGGUUCAGUCGCCGGUAGCCGGUACUUUCAGUGCGAGCCGAAAAGGGGGAUCUUCUCGAGGCUCACCAGACUCACCAGGUUACCGUUGGGCGAUCAUCAGAUGAGCAUGAUCAUGUCGCCGACGUCGCCGUCCGACAGCACCAGAGGCGGCUUCCUCAACAAAUCCAUGUCGUCGUCACUGAAUACAUCGACGACAAGCCUGUCGUCCACGAGGGGUGGCGACCUGAGGAUAGGUGAGCGGGUGAUAGUGUCGUCGAGCCAGGGCAGCAAAACCGGCGUACUCAGGUAUCAGGGUUCCACGGAAUUCGCCGCUGGUGAAUGGUGCGGCGUGGAACUGGACGAGCCGAUCGGCAAGAAUGACGGCUCCGUCAAUGGCAAAAGAUACUUCGAGUGCUUGCCCAAGCACGGCUUGUUCGCGCCCGUGCACAAGAUCAGCAGGUCGCCGUCCAACAAGAUGCCGUCCUCGUGCGUGGUGCACAAGCCGACCGGCGCCGCCCUCAAUGCCAGCCUCCAGAAGAAGAGCGGCUCGCGCGAGUCGCUUGCCUCCAGCGUCGUCUCGAGCGUCAUCAGCGUGAGCGGGAGAACGAGCGUGGCGAGCACCACGGCGAGGAGGCCUGGCAUGCGCACGUCGACACCUGCACGAAGUUCAUUGCAGGAGAUUUUGAAAGAGAAGCAGCAGGAGAUCGAGUUCCUGCGAAAGGAGCGGGACCUGGAACGCGAGAGAGUCACCAAAGCGGCGAAUCAGGCUGACCAAGCGGAGCAAUCGGCGCUCUCGAUCAAGCAAGAAUAUGAGAAGUAUCGCGAGCAGAUGCAGCAAACGAUCAGCGAAGCGGAGCUCACUGUCGCCAAGCUCCUCGACGAGAAGAGCGCGUUGGCGCUGCAGCUGGAAGAGGAGAAGCGGAAGUGCGAGGAUCUUCUGUUUCGCUUCGAAGAAGAAUCCGUGUAUAAAGACGACAUUCAGAAAGAGAGAUCUGAGCAAAGUGUCAUAAAUACUGUAAAUGAAAGCAGGAUCAAAGAGCUCGAGAAUAAACUCGCGGAAGAGCGGCGGGAACGCGGCGUUCAGCUAGAACGCGACAGCACCAAACUCUUCGAGGUUGAAGAGGAGUUGGCCCUGCGUAACGAAAUCAGUUGCGCGACGAACUCGCAAAACUCGCAACUUCAAGAUCUGGAGAGUCGGAACCAGAGUUUGGAGGAGAUCAAGAGUAGCCUGGAGAAGGAAGUGCAGGAGAAAUCGAAUCUGGUGGACGAUUGUGUGGAACGCAUCCGGGAACUGGAGCUUGUGGUAGGGAAAACGCAACAGGAGAGCACGGCACACAAAGAGUCCGAGAGUCGUCUAGAAAAAGAACUAGGAGCUGCCAAACAGAGCUUGCAAGACAAAGAGACAUUGGUGGAGAACAUGAAACAGGAAUUUGAGAGAAGCGCAAGUGCGUUGAAUGAGGAGCUGCGAAAAUCGAAGGAGACAAUCGAAGCGAUGAAGAAAGAGAGCGUGAGCGAAAAGGACUCGCUGCUAUUGGAGUAUCGGCAAACGAUCGAGGAGCGAGAUCGGUUGAUCAGAGUGAAGACCGAGGAGCUGGAGAACGAGUCCAAGAAGCUGUUGGAGCAGCAGAAUGCGGCUUUGGAGGGUCUAAAGGCCGAGAACGUUAAUCGUAUCCGUGAACUUUCGGAAUCUUUCGAGCAACAAUUACGAACGAAGGACACGAAAAUCGAAGAGUUCUCGCAGAAACUCGAGCAAAAAGUGUCCGAGACCGAGAGACUGUUGGCCGAAUUGGCUGCUGAGCGAGAACUUUGCAAAAAAAAGGACGAAGAACUGACUAAUGCUCUUAGAAAGUUGGAAGAACUAAAUACGAGGCUUAAAUUGGCUGAAGACAGCAACAGUGUGUUGUCAAAACAAAUUCAAGACUAUAGGUCUAAAAGUGAAGACAAUGUCAGGAUUAUUCAGGAAAAACAAAAAUUGGAGCAAGAUCUGGCUAGUUUAAUCGCUUCGGAGGAGGAAUCCACCGCGCGAUUAAACAAAUUGAGCGAGGAACUGAAGGUGAAGGACAAAGAGCUUGCGGAAUUGCGAAAUGCUACUGUAGCACAAAUAGGAGAAAUAACUAAACGUUUCGAAGCCCAAAUUAAUGACAAAGUCAAAUGUAUCGAGCAGAUAAACGCAGAUGUCACGCAAAAGGCCUUGUUGCUCGUUAAACUGGAGAAAGAUAUCGCCGAUUUGAAGGCAAUUAUAGCGAGCAAAGACGAGGAGAUCAAACAUCUUCUCGAGAAAACUUCAGAAUUGCAAGACGCCUUCACAUUAUCCGAGCAAACAAAGACGAAUUUGGAGAGCGAACUUCGCGUAUUUGAGUCGAACGUGCAGAAGUUGAAUCAACAAGUCGCAAGGGCAGAGGAAAAAAUAUCGCAACUCUCGUCGCAGAAGGAGAAACUGGAGUCCGAUAUAGCGAGUGCGAUUAGCUCCUCCGCUGAUUCGUCGGAAGAGCUAUCGAGAUACAACGAGGACUUGCGAAGAAAAGAGAAGGAAUUGGACGAAGCUCGCGAGAAGAUUUUUCAAACGGAAACUGAAUUGAAACAAAUGGGGGGAAAACUGACUAGUAUUGAGAUGGAAUUAAACAAGAAUACAGCGUUAGUCGAGCAACUGCGUUCAGAGAAAUCGGACUUGGAGUCGCGGGUAGACAAAGCUACAAAAUCAAAUGCAGAUUACAUCGAGAAGAUAUGCGGAUACGAACGGGAAAAGAGCGAAUUAUCGACAAAGGUGGAAGAAGGUGAACGCGCGCAGAAAAAAUUGAAGGAGAAGUCUGAUGAAGUUAUUAGUCUUACGGAGCGAUUGACAAAGAGAGACGAGGAAAUUACUAGUCUUCGUGGGGAGUGCGAAACCUUGCGAAAUUCUUGCCGAGAGGAGACGUCCUCGUUGCAGAAAAAAAUUACGGAUUUGUCGACCGAAUUGUCGACUUCGCGCGAUGAAAUAAUGAAUCUGCAAAAAUGCAAGAGCAAAUUGGAGGCCGAUCAAAGCGCGAAUCGUUGGUCGAUCGAGGAACUGACGGAGAAGUUGCAAUCCGAAUCCGACAAAACGUCGAAAUUGGAGAACGCGAUUCAGGAGAAGAAUUCCAAGUUUCAGGAUGUGGAAAAUAAAUUGUCGGAUUUACGGAAAAUACAUGAUGCCUUAAUUAAUGAUAAAGCGACUGCCGAUAAGAAUUUAACGACGUCUUUAAACACCAUGACUAGCACGGUGGAAGAAUUACGAGAUAAGUUGAAAGACGCCGAAGGAACAAUUAAAGAUAAGAUGGAUGAAGUUUCAAAGACGAAAAUUGAAAUAGAAAAAUCGCAGGUUCAAAUAGCCGAAUUGAACGUCACAAUCUCUUCCAUGAAAGAAGAACAUAUUCGUAACAGCGAUGAACUGAAGAAUGCGCAAGAAGCGAUCACGCAGAAACAAAGCAAAAUUAAUGAAUUAUCCGAAGUCAAGACUGUUUUAGAAAACUCAGUGAAGUCAUUGGAGACUCAGUUAUCGAAUUUACACGAGGAGUUGGAUAAAAGGGAGAAACUGCGGGCAGAGACGGAAAUUAAAAUAAAAGAAUCGGAGUCUUCCAAAGAGGAAGAAGUAUUGAAACUGCGGAAUUCCUUGGAGUGCGAACUUGCAGCCAGACAAAAGAAGAUUGAAGACAUAAAUAAGCAAAAUGAAGAAUUGGAGGAGAAGCUGCGAUUGUCACAAAACGUUGUAGAUAAACACAAAGCUGAUUUAGAUGAGAAAGAAGUUACUAUCGAUAAAUUAAAGGCGCAAGUGAAGGUUCUGGAGGACGCGCAAGUAGAAAGGAUUAAAGCGGAGCAGCAGUCGCGGAACGAGGAGAUCAAGCUGAAGCAGAAUGAGCUGAGCGGCGCGAACAAGCGAAUCCACGAGCUGCAGCACACGGUGAACACGCUUGAGAAGCAAUUAACAGAACAGGAAACGAAAUCGGCCGACCUAGCGAGAACUAUGGAGAACAAUGAGAAAGAGGUGAACAAGAACGUGCAGAAUCUACAGGAGAAGCUGAACGUCGCCAAAGUUGAAGAAACGCGGCUUCUGAACGAGCUGAGUCGGCUGGAAAAAGAGAACAAGCAAGUAACCGCGAAAUGGAUGGAGGCGAUGAAUCAGUUGAAGUUAUCGCACGAAAAUUUAAAGAAUACUUAUGACGGUACGGGCGAAACGAAACAGCACAUCGUCGCGAAGGACAUCGAUGUUACGAAGCUACAAGAGGAGAACGAUACCGUGAAGAGCCAGAUAGACUUCCUGAACUCCGUGAUAGUCGACAUGCAACGUAAGAAUGAGAGUUUGCAGUGUAAGAUCGAGGUCCUCGAAAUGGGGGUCCCCGCGAACGAGGCCGAGGACUACACUCGAAGCACGCUGGACAAGCGAACGGCGACGCCCCGUAUGUUCUGUGAUAUUUGCGAUCAGUUCGAUCUGCAUGAGACAGAAGACUGUCCUCGACAGGCCCAGGAUUUCGUGGAAAGUGCCGAGACGAGACCGGUGAAAACGUCGAAGAAGAAACCAUCUGUGGAGAGACCGUAUUGCGAAAACUGCGAGAUGUUCGGACACGACACGCGCGAAUGCGACGACGCCGAGACAUUUUAACGUUUUACGUCCGUAGCCUUGUUCCGUUUGCUUGCCAAAUGUCCUGUAGCUGUAAAGAGAUCUGUUGAAAUUUACAGAGUAUAUUUUUGUAAGCCGGAUUUUUCAAUUGGAUUUUAAAUUUGAAUAUGAGUCUUCCCGCGUAAAACGGAUACACCCGAGAAACAUCGUAAGAAUUUAUGUUCCCUCCAAAUGACGCGAAUUAGACCACUCUUUAUAAUAAUUUUGACAUCAUAUAUCCUUAUUUUGUUAUUUUCUUCUAGUUUGACUAAGAUACUAGAUUUAUUAACAAUUUUUUAGCGCAAUUUAUCGCCACAAAAUAUUAACAAUAUAAAACAAUCUAAUUUGCAUGUAACAUUAAUCUUGUGUUUUUUAGCGAGAUUUAAAAACUGGUUAUAUAAUAUCAUUAACACUCAAUUAAUAAUUUGUUACUUUUGUCUAUAGAUGCAUUUGAAGGGAUCAUACAUUCGUUUUCGAGCUUUAAUAUCUAUUUUAUAAUAUUUUUGGCGAGUUACGUAUAGUUUGUAUAUAAUAGAUACUUAGAUUAAUUAGUUAUCCCUUUAUUUAAUAUUUAUUAAAUUCGCGUUUGCGCGUUUUAAGAUGACAGUUCCUGUAAUGCACGCUGGUAAAUAGCGAAAUAUUGGACGUAAGAUUUCUCCCAUAAUUAAUUCACGUCUUCUCUUCCAACAUGAUAUUCUUACAAUACUCUCCGCUACAAGAUUCUUCAUAAUCUUCGUCUAAUUGGAAGAAAAAAAGGAAGAAAAAGAUUUCUAACUAUACAAAUAAGUCUCAAACACACAUUUGAAGCUAUUUUACAAAAAUAUCGUGGCCUGCUGUUAUCUUGCCUUCCGUUAUGAAUCUUAGGAUUGAAAUAUAUUUUCUAAGUCGGUUAUAUUGUUGUAAUAUGUGAUGCAUUAAAGAUAAUGCUUUGUAGAUAAAAAUAAACGAAUUGUUCGCGAAA